AUGAAAUAUCGUUUUGUUUUCCUUCUUUCUCUGAUCAUUUUGAACGUAAUACAGAAGGGGUGUUGUUCGAAUUGGUUAAAUCAAGAAGAGAAAAAAGCAACAUUUUCAUUUUCUGGGAAUUUAAAAUUGGAUAUAAAGAAUGAUAAAGAAAACAAAUUAAAUGAGUUAGAGAGUAAUAAAAAUGUAGAAAGAUUGAAUGAAGGUGUAACAAAAAUUAUGCAAAAAGAGAAGGAAUUAAUAGAAUCUAACAAGCACGUGAAAGAUGUUGUUGAUGAAGCUGGGAUUGUGAUUAAAAAAAAAUAUAACAUUAAUGAAUUACCACCAUCUGGUUUAACUAAUGAUGAAGAGGAAGAUGUAAAAGAAGACAGUGCAUUUUUGUCGGACGAUUUAGAGGAGGCUGCAGAAAAUUUCUCUUUAUCUGGAGAAAAGAGUGAUAAAGAAAAUGAAAUAAAAGACAUUAGAAAAUAUCAAGCAGAAAUUAUAAAUUCGAUGAACGAAAAUACAAUAUACAAAAAGUUUGAUACUCACGAAUUUGAAAAAAUGAAGCAAAAAAUGGAAGACCAUAGUGAGAUAUGCUAUCCGGAUUAUUCUAUGCCUUGUCCCCUACACUUUUUCCGAACUAGUACAGGCUGCGUUCCUCUUAGAACUUAUGAAGGACCAUGCAAUAAGAUACAAAACAAAUUAAUCUAUUUAUAUGAUGAGCAAAAGGAAAGCUGGGCAGAAAUAUGCGAAGUAAACUGGCCGUGUAUGCCCUUGGAAUGUUCAUAUGGUAGAGACUACAAUUCAGUAUGUCCUAUAAAUUGGAUAGAUAUAGGUAAAGGGUUAUGUCGAAAUAUAUAUAAGAAUGAAAAAUGCGCAGGGGAUAUAAACUUUUCCAAUAUGAGUUUUGAAGAGAAAAAAAAUAUGGAAAAAAAAUGUGGAAUUAUAUGGAAAUGUAAAUCUAUUACAUAUACAACAAAUUUUCAUGAUAUAUGUCCAUUGCACUGGGAAUAUAUUGGUAACUAUAAAUGUAAAGCACCAGAAGAUUAUAAAGGACCAUGUCCAAAUAUCUCUAAUUUAAAAAAAUAUAAUACACAAGAAAAAAAAGAAAAUAUUGAAAAUGUCUGUCUUGUCAAUUGGCCAUAUUCUAUUAAAGUCAAUGAGUAUCAAAGAGAUUACAAUAUAGAUUGUCCAAUUGGAUGGUCUAUGAUGGAAAAUGGAUUUUGUCGAGCUCCUGAAAAUUAUAAGAAAAGUUUAAAGUGCAAAGAAGAAGUUUCUUUUGACGAUAUGAACGCUGAUCAAAAACAUUCCUACUCUCUUGCUUGUAACGUCGAUUUUCCAUUUAAAGAUAAACAGGAUUGCAAACGCAAUUACUCAUUCGCAUGCCCGCUAGGAUGGAUACCUUCCAAAAAAAUUAAUUAUUGUAAAGCACCACUAAACUAUAAAAGUUCGAUUUGUAAAAAUGUUUCAAAAUUUAAAAAUAUUUCAGAUAAUCAAAAAAACUAUUAUCUGAAAUUUUGUGAUAUUGAUUGGCCCUGUGAAGGAGAAAUACAGAAUUCAAUGAUAUACACUCAAAUUAGUGUUGACCAUCUUGAGGAACACGGAAAAAAGAAAUAUACCAGAGGACCAGUUGAUUCAGAAACAGGAUUAAUUAUUUAA